CCACGCUCAAAUUCAAAGUUUCAAACAAAACCAAACCGCGUCAUUCGAAAGAGGCGUUGUGCCGGUGGCUGCUGCUUAUUACCUAAUUUCUUCACCUAAAAAAUGGCAGAAUUGAAAAAUAACAAGGCGAGAUCAUCAUCUGGUUCGAUGGCAGAAUUGGAAAAUAACAGGACGAAACCAUCAUCUGGGUCAAUGUUCUUCAAUCGCUUGUAUACAAUGCACGCAACCUCGGGUGAAUCCAAUCCAACCAAAGUUCACCUUCUUCUCAACAAUCAAUCUCUUAAUCGAGCAGCUUCCAUUUUCAAAUUUUACAGUUCAAUCGAUUCCAUCAAAGGUAAAGUUAGAAAGCUUUGCACUUUAUUCGAAUUCGACAAAUCUUCAAGUCCAAAAGAACCUUCCCCCAAGGUUGUUUUAAGACCCCCGAAAUCAAUUGGUUAUUCAUCCUCGUUUUCGUUGAGUUUUAAUAACCCUUUGAUAAGAUUACCGGGUACGGAAGAUCGAAUUGUUGUUUAUUUAACUAGUUUACGAGGGAUUCGAAGGACUUACGAGGAUUGUUAUGCUGUUAGAAUGAUAUUUAGAGGUUUUAGAGUUUGGGUCGAUGAAAGGGAUAUUUCGAUGGAUGCAGCUUAUAAGAAAGAGUUGCAAAGCGUUUUGAAAGAGAAGAAUGUGAGUUUGCCGCAGGUUUUUAUAAAGGGAAAGUAUGUUGGUGGUGCUGAUGUGAUUAAAAGCAUGUUUGAAGUUGGGGAAUUGGCUAAGAUUCUUGAUGGGUUUCCAAGGAGACAACCUGGGUUUGUUUGUCAAGGUUGUGGGGAUGUCAGGUUUGUGCCUUGUGGGAAUUGUAGUGGGAGUCGAAAAGUGUUUGAUGAAGAUGAAGGCUUGCUUAAGAGAUGCUUGGAAUGCAAUGAGAAUGGCUUGAUUCGAUGCCCAGAUUGUUGCUCUUAAAACUUUGAUUGCUACAGGGUGUUAAGGUCAUUCAGAAGCUUGUUUUUUCGUUAGUUAACGUAUAUUGGUGAUGCGGGUAAUGGUUUAAUGUGUUUGCAAUGAAGAGUAUCGUUGGCAGGGAGCUGAUGAUCGUUUAGUGUCUUGUUCAACUGGAUGUUGAUAAUAAUAGUGUAAUGUAAUUAAAAUGCCAUAUUUGGUUUGGGCAUUUUGAUUGUCAAGGAGAUAGUUUAAUUCUCCUACAUGGUAUUGUAAAUAUUUAGUGUCAUCUUAAUGUACUGAACUCGCAUUUGUUGCAAAUGACAGAUUGUAAUGAGAAUAGAUUAUUUAUGCUUUACUUCUGUUCUUGAAUAGCUUUGUAAUCAAAGAAACUUUUAGUGCAUACAUAACUGAAUUGCUUGUCACUGUGGAAUUGCUUU